AUGUCUACCAGCAACGACGUCUAUCAGACGCCCCUCAACUCGCGUUAUGCGAGUACGGAGAUGAAGUAUCUCUUCUCUCCUCGGAAGAGAUUCUCGACCUGGAGACAGCUUUGGCUGUGGCUGGCAGAGUCUGAGAAAGAACUCGGAUUGGCUAUCACCGACGAAGCCAUUGAACAGAUGAAAGCCCAUGUCACCAUCCAGGAUGAUGAGUUCAAGGUCGCCGCUGAGGAGGAGAAGCGCAGAAGACAUGAUGUCAUGGCUCACGUUCACGCUUAUGGACAAGUUGCGCCCGCCGCUGCCGGUAUCAUCCACUGGGGUGCCACCUCCUGCUACUGCACCGACAACGCAGAUCUUAUCCUGCUCCGCGAUGGCCUCGACAUCUUGAUCCCCAAGCUGGCUGCUGUCAUCGACAAACUCUCCGCUUUCGCCAAGGAAUACAAGGACCUUCCCUGCUUAGGUUUCACCCAUGGACAGCCCGCCCAGCUGGUUACCGUCGGCAAGAGAGCUUGCCUGUGGAUUCAGGAUCUGCUUAUGGACUUGAGGAACCUUGAGCGGGCUCGCGAUGACCUGCGUUUCCGUGGUGUCAAGGGUACCACCGGUACCCAGGCGUCGUUCCUCCAAAUUUUUGACGGCGACCAUGACAAGGUCGAGCGGCUGGACGAACUGGUGACCGAGAAGGCUGGCUUCCAGUCUGCGUUUAUCAUUUCCUCUCAGACAUACUCCCGCAAGAUUGAUGUGGAUGUCGCCAACGCCCUGGGUUCAUUCGGAUCAACGUGCGAGCGCAUUGGUAUCGAUAUCCGCCACCUGGCGAUGCUGAAGGAGGUUGAGGAGCCUUUUGAAAAGGACCAGAUUGGCAGCAGUGCCAUGGCCUACAAGCGGAACCCCAUGCGUUCCGAGCGUCUGUGCUCUCUUGGAAGACAUCUCCAGAAUCUCCCUAAGGAUGCCCUUGAUACCUACUCUGCCCAGUGGUUUGAGCGCUCUCUGGAUGACAGUGCCAUCCGCCGCAUCAGCAUUCCUGAGCUCUACCUCUGUGCUGACGCCUGCCUUAUCUUGCUGAACAACGUUUCCUCCGGCUUCGUUGUCUACCCUGAGGUUAUCAGGAAGCGUGUCAACGAAGAGCUUCCUUUCAUGGCCACUGAAAACAUCAUCAUGGCCUGCGUCAAGAAGGGCCUCUCCCGCCAAGACGCCCACGAGGAAAUCCGCUUACCAUUGGCUAACCAAUGUAUGUUACCAGGUGUUCUUUCCCACCAGGCAUCGGACAACGUCAAGAAGCAAGGCAAGGAAAACGACCUCAUCGAGCGCAUCCGGCGCACUACCUUCUUCGCCCCGAUCCUGGACGAACUGGACGCCCUUCUGGACCCCAGCACAUUCGUCGGUCGCGCGCCUCAGCAGGUCGCCAAGUUCACCUCCACGGAAGUCAAGGCCGCCCUGGUCCCGUACCAGGAGUACAUCCUUAAGGCGGAGACGGCGACUCUGUCCGUCUAA